AUGUCCAAGUUUGAAGAGCAUUUGCCGUCGACGGCCGACGAUGAGAAACUUGCGAGGAAGCUCCAGGAGUGGGAAGAUGAGGAACAAAGCCGAGCAGACCCUCGUAACAACCCCACGGCAACACAAGAUGAGGAACUUGCAAGGAGGCUUCAAGCAGAGUGGGAUUCUCGGAAUCAAGAUCAUCGAGCGGCGGCCCAAGUUCGGUCAUCACCUAGACAAGUAUCAUUUGCUGCGGCACCACAAGAACCACAGAUGACAGGCGCGCUUCCAGCCCUCCAAUACUCGCGGGAUGCGACGCGGGUCAUGGCGUACAUGAUCCCACUGCCCCAACCGCUUAGACAUGGAGUGCCCCAAGAUAUUCCGCAGCGAUACAUGCUGUACAUGCCGCCAGCGCCAGACCUGCUGAAGCCCACCGAGAAAGGAAGCAAGGAACGCAAACGAGACAAAGUCGUACGCCGGUGGCAACAAGAAGUAAAGAAAGCAAAGACGUUCAACGGCAAAGUGGUGUCCCUGGGCGGAAUCCACAGUGCGUCUUUCCGUGGAGCCGUCUGGUGCUUGAACGUUAUCAAGCCCUCAGACGUGACCUUUCUCUCGCGCGUCCCGCGCAAGACGGUCCAAAGCCUCGUCCUCGUCCACCCAGAGGACUCGCGCACGCAGUCCACGGACGACAUGUUCAACAACGUCAAGGGCGAGCUGAGCCGGACCAAGAGCAGGACCAAGCGAGAUUUCUUGAUUGGAACCGCGCUGCUGCCCUUCACGGUCACCAUCGACCUCGUCAUCCCCGUCUUUGGUGGGCUCAGCGAGGUCAACAUGGUGUGGAUGGCCGUGAACGCCAGCGCGUGGAUGACGGCGAAAAAGGUUGUAAACAAGUUGAGGCCUGCUGAAGAGGACUCCCUUGCCUAUGGUGGCAACGAUGGCGCAAUGAUGCUGCGCACACCGCGCACUGGUGACGGCUACACCGGCAAUAUUCAACCACAACAAGACAAUGAUGAACGGAGGACGGAUGACAAUGAAGGGCGUAAGAAAGACGACAAGGACAAGACGAUCCAGAUGGUAUUCCGGCCAAGCCCGGCGAUGGACCUGAUGAGACGCUAUGUCGAGGAGGCGUGUCACAAGCGCAAUCCGGACGCAUUCCCCAGUCCCGCAGCACACGUGCCUGGUGAAUCCGAAGUGCUUGCAAGCAUGGGCUGGAGCCCUGAGCGUCGAGAGGUGCCUGACGCGGAGGACGACGUGGCUUGGCAGAUCCGCAAGGUGACCGAAGAUCUACGAGCUGCGACGGGUAGAGCUGCCAAGUCUUGGGAUAGCUGGGCUAAGAAGUACAUGAAGAACCCAAAGAGAGCACUUGAUGAAGAGAACGAGGACAGUGAUGACAGCGAGGACGAAGAAGAGUUGAAGCCCGAACUGCCCAAGAGACCACCGGUGCACUACAGAUAG